GGAUGACAGUGUUAAUUAUCAGUGUUCUCUCUCAUGCAAUUCAUGGGGGUGCUCCUAACAAUAGAGGAAAUGAGUUCAUAAUUGGUUUUAUGGAAAAUCAGGGAACCUCCAUCGAUGUCGAAAUCUUUGUUACCACCAUGCGUACCAUAACUGUUAACGUCAAUGUCACUACGCCCCGAUACUCCUCGUCCAUUAACGAACAAUUCAGCGUCAAAGCUGGAGAGGUCAAGCAACUUUUAUUCCCACCCGGAAUCCGACCGACCGGCAAUAGUAAAGUACCUAAUGCCGUGCACGUGAAGGCGGACGACGACGUCGUAAUUUACGCCGUGAACAAAGAAAAGUACUCUAACGAUGCGUAUCUGGGCGUCCCAGUGGAUGUUUUGGGAACCGAGUACUAUGCCGUAACUUUCUACCCACCAACUCAGCAGUGCGAACUAAUGAUAGUUGGAGUUGAGGAUGGAACUACCGUUACAAUAAAAUUUCCCGCCAGUAUGCAGCAGUCGGUCACGUGGAAUGGACAGUCUUAUGCCGCCGGGGAUACCCUGACCGGAACCGUUGAUCGUUUCGACACAUGGCAACUGAUUUCAAAAGGAGACCUAACGGGAGCCUACAUCACAUCCGACAAGAACGUUGGCGUUAUCAGUGGAAACAAGAAAACAAGAAUCGGAAGCGGGGGUUCUUCCGAUCACUUGUGCGAAAUGAUGAUUCCAGUCGGCAGAUGGGGAAAGAAUUACAUUUCUGUUCCAAUUCCGGCCAGAACGGUGGGAGACAAAUUUCGAUUUAUUGCCAGUGAAGCAGGAACCACAAUCACCAUUUCUGGUGGACACACGGAAACCAUUACUCUGGCCAAUGCUGGUGACUUUGUUGAGAAGGAUAUCGAAUCUACAGCUUACUGUUCCAUUAAGGCGGACAAAGCUAUUAUGGUUGUCCAGUUUGUACUCAGUCAGCAGUUAAGUACGGAACCAUCCGAUCCAGCUAUGAUGAUUCUUCCUCCCAUUGAACAGUUUGCCGCUGACUACACUUUUACCACACCUAAAUACUCUUCACCUCCUGCAACCUACGACAGUUUUUUUAUGUUCGUUAUCAGAGAGGAUGACAAGGAUGGCCUGAAAGUUGACGGAUCCUCUUUCCCUUCUUCCACUGUUUAUCACCAGGUAACACACAAUGGGGUCAAUUAUGCUGCAGGCUACAUCGAGGUUGCAGAGGGUACACAUACUGUACGUCACGACUCUCCAAUUAAAGUUUUCGGUGGAUACCUGUACGGAAAAGCCAAAUAUGAAACAUACGCCUUCUCUACCGGAACUCGACUUGCUCCCAUCAACACACCAUGCACUCCAACAACCACUGAGAUUGGUGAUGGUUUAGACAAUGACUGCGAUGGUUUGAUCGAUGAAGAAGCAUGCUGGGACAGUAACUCAGAUGAUGAUGGUGAUUCGAGACAAAAUGAAGACUGUGCAACUCCACCACCAGUUGAUGGCGAAUGGGCAGACUGGAGUCAGUGGACCGCAUGCUCAGUAACAUGCUUUUCUACCACUGGUGCCAGCAACAGCGGUUCCCGAUCCCGUGAAAGAACAUGUACAAACCCCGCCCCAGCGUACGAUGGAAAACAAUGUGUCGGUCAGGCUUCAGAGGCCGACGCUUGUUCAAUCACCAAUGUAUAUUGUCCAGUUGAUGGUGCAUGGACAUCCUGGGAGAACUGGGGGACUUGCACGGUCACUUGCGGCAGCGGUUCCCAGUCUCGUCCACGCACUUGCACAGACCCAUCUCCUCAGUAUGGCGGAGCAGACUGUGCUGGAGACAAUAGUGAAUUCAAGCAAGGCUGCAAUCCUUCAGCUUGUCCAACUGCUAGUGUUAACAACUAUGUACAGCACUGUAUAUCAGGGUAUUUCACUUGUCUGAACUCCACCAACAAAUGUAUAGAAGAGUCCAAAAAGUGCGACUGUAAUUCCGACUGUUCAGACGGAAGUGAUGAACUGGCUAGCUAUGCGGGCUGUCCACAAGGCACUGUACAAUACUGCCAAGCAAGCUUACCCUCUGGUGCACAAGGCAUGAUUUGGAGUUGUGCGUUGGUCACCUUUGCCUAUCUGUCAGCCAUCGUGUUUCAUUUCCUUAAUUAACCAAUGACUUCGGAACUCUGUGAUAUGAAUUUAAUUAGAUUUCGUAAGCAUUAUAUUUGUGGUGUUUUAAUUUUUGCAUCAACUCGUAACUGUCAUUUAACCUUUUCGGUUGCUGAUUAUCAGGAAUCAUUACUUUUAUAACUCUUUCUUUCCUUAAAUAUUUCCAACAAGUAUGACGUGAUAUGCUUUAUCACACUAAAAAUAUGAAUAUACUUUUCUCAAUUCAAUUUAUUUUGAUUUAUUUAUCAUAUACGAAUUCCUUUUCAUGAAAAAAAAAAUAUACACUUACAUUGUAAUGUGACUUGAGAUUUGAUCUUAAUCUAUUCUGUGUAAUUGAUGUACAUAAUGUAAAUUUGUUGUUAUGUUUAAUUUCCUGUUGCCUUUGAUCAUUUUUAUUAAAUUAU